ACCAAUUAUAUGCUGCACACCAGUCGGCAUACAAUGAGUGUUACACUGCUUAAACGUAAAUCAAAUUGUCGUAUAAUGCAAACAUUUUAUAAGUGACAUGUCUAAAUACACAAAGUAAAUUUCUAUAAUGAUAACGCGAUGUUUGGACUAAGGAGUAGUAAACACGCUGCUGACAGCUCUCUGCUGCUUUUAAAACUGGUGUAUAAAGUCCCAUGGCUGUGCACACCAUUGCGAACUCUGGUGGAUAUAUGGCCACAGCUCACAAAACGUGAGGUGAUGUCAGAGCUGAGUAGGACCUCGGUGUUGAUGAGGGAGCGCCACCAAGUGGAGGAAACGCUGGACGCCAUGCAAAUCGCCGGUUCCGCCAGCCUGCAUGUUAUUUCUGACUUUGACAUGACACUCACCAGAUUUGCCCACAACGGCAAAAGAGUUCCUACAACUCACAACAUUCUGGACAACAGGCUAUUGGUUGACGAAGACGGUGGCAAAAAGAUGAGGGAGCUGUUACACACUUAUUAUCCCAUUGAGAUUGACGUUAGCCGGACUGUUGAAGAGAAGCUGCCCUUCAUGGUGGAGUGGUGGACAAAGGUUCACCACCUGCUAGUGGAACAGAAAAUCAGGAAGAACCUCUUAGCUCCGGCUGUCAGGGAGUCCACAUCCGACACCGCCAUACUCAGGGAUGGCUACCAGGUGUUCUUUGACCAUCUGGCCCAUCGCAACGUCCCUCUUCUCAUCUUUUCCGGCGGUGUCGGGGAUGUGCUAGAGGAAGUGAUCCGACAGCACGGCGUCUUCCAUCCCAACAUUCACAUCAUUGCCAACUACAUGGACUUUGACCAUGCCGGUGUCCUGCGGGCCUUCAAGGGUGACCUGAUCCACACGUUCAACAAGCGCGAGAGUGCUUUGUCACACGUUGCCCGCUUCCCCGAACUACAGGGCCGCCGCAGCGUGCUGCUGCUGGGAGACUCCCUGGGUGACCUCAACAUGGCGGCCGGCGUGCCCGAGCCUCGCCGCCUCCUCACCGUGGGUUUCCUGAACGACCAGGUGGAUGCAAGGAGGGAGUCGUACGUCAACUCUUUUGACAUCGUCGUGCUGGCCCCGGACGACACGAUGGACGUCCCCAACGCCAUCCUCAGGUUUGUGAUGUCAUCAGGAGACGAUAAUUGAAGCUGAUGUGAGAUGGGAGCUCAAACCACAUGUUUGCACCUUUUAUGGAAAUCUUGCGUUACCACGGUGACAGAAAUUGCAUCUGUAUUGACAGCGCUUGACCUGUUCCACAUUUUAUUGUUAUAGCCUGGGAACAUGAUGAACUUGGUCUCCUUUUUACGCUUUUUGAGAAGUACUGUGAAUAUAUGAUUUUGGAAAUGUUUUACAUUAUGUUCACAGUUGUGAUGAAGUGGAAUUGAAUUUUGAGAAAAAGCAUCCAUUUUUGGAAUAUGGCUGCAAUAUAACAAUGUGGAAAAGUUGAAAGCACUUUCUGAAUGCAAUAUAUGUUAUAUUUAAAUUGUGGCUGCGCAUGUAAUGUCAGCAAGGGUAAAAUGCAUCUCAAAUAGGAUUUUGUUCCUGAAGCUCAGAAUGAGUUAUACAUCAGUGUUACUGUACAAGCAUCCGCCGGUGCUAUGUUUUGACUAGUCAUGUUCGUGUUGUUGACCUCUCUUGACUGGCCAUUAACUUGAGAGUUUCUAACUCAGUUGUCCGCUACUUUUUGCCUUCCAAUUUUGCUGGACACAUUAGGUACACCCUCACCGUCACUGAUGCAUCGACUCCAGCUGAUGUAUUUUACACCAAGUGAGAAUCCGGUAGCAAUAAAAAAUGAAUUACCUGAAUAUGAAACUGAAUCAGAAGUAGUCAGCUAUUGGGAAUGGAAAGUUGAAUCAAAACAUCAAAUCAUAUUAGGAAUAACAGAGUGAAUUCCAAAUCGGGCGGUAAUUGGAGAAGAAAAUUGAAUAGGAAUUCGCAUUUGAAUAGAACUGAAUCAAAUGGAAUUGUCAUUGUGCAACAUGUUGCAGCAAACAUUGAUUCAACCCUCAAGUGUCAAAUUGCCAGGAGAUAGUGAAGGGGUACCUAAUAAAGUGGUAGAUGCGCCGAUACACUCCACCUAUAGAUUUAGCUGUUCCCAUUUUAUUUAUUGCAAACUUGAAUUACAUUUGUAUUUAAAAAAUAUAUGAAAAACUGAGCAUUAAGGCGCAAUUGUAAUCUCAUGUUCAUAAUCUCAAAAUAUGCAUCACCAAAUUAAAAAAACAAAGGUUUUGUACAUGAAGAUAAAA